GUGAACAGAAGACAGCAGCAGGCCAUGAGCAGACUUGCUAUUUAUUCAGUUGUAACCCCUGGGCUGGGGUGGCCACCAGGGGCCAGGAGAGAGUCACCCUUCUUGCAUCCUCCCCAUGCUGUCCCUUCCACCUUUGUGGUACACAUGCUCCCUGUCUCUGUCUGCCUCUGUCACCUCCCUUGAUGCCUCUCUGGUUUUCCCUGUCUCCCUUCCUGUAUCUGCCUCUCUCCUGGCCCAAGCCCGGGCUCUGUUACCCACAGCAGGACUCCUCGGUCCACUUAGGUCUGUGGUGAGCAGUGAGUCCUUUGGUUGGCAUCCUUGUCCCAGGAAGGCAGGCUGGGCAUUAUGACUGCAGCUGACCCAGGCUGUGGGGGCUCUGGCGCUUGUGCGCGCGGCUCUCUUUCUCUCUCUCUCUCUCUCUCUCUCUCUCUCUCUCUCUCUCUCUCUCUUUGAUCUCAGGGGGUCCUUUUUGGAAUUUAUUGUAUUUUAUUGUACUUGGUGGGGUGUUUGGGGGAUGGGGGAGGAAGAAGAGCUUGUUCUCAUGGGGUUUGUCAGUACCUUCAGAAACUUUUACCAAAGUCAUGUUUAGCUGCUGUGGUAUAGCCCUCAACCUCCUGUGGGCAUUGGGGGGUUGGAGCCAGGUAGAGGCCUGGGCCACUGUGCCUUGUCAGCCUGUUCUGGAGAGACUAUUCCCAAAGGUGGGGGCUGGGGGUGGGGCUCCUCCCUUGGGGCUGGAGACUGGCCACAGCUUGGGGUGAAUUGAGGACCCCAGGCUGUGUGGAGGAGCCCACAGGGCUGUGGCCACACAGGGUGGCCUUCAGGGAAGGUGGGUAUGGGGCAUGGUGGGAGGCAGUAAAUGCUGCUAUGGCAGGAGAAGGGAGUGAAUGACAGUAGUGGGGGUCACAAGGCCCAGGGAGGCAGGGAUUGAGUGUAUAGGGAAUGGAUGUGGGGGUUCGAGGAUGUGUGACAGGGACAGAAGUGGAACAGGCCUAGGGCUGGGGGUGUGAAGGCAGUCAUGCCCUCACAGUGCCCCUGAGCAUCCCUCAACUUCCCCAGAGCUGGCCAGUCCCCAGCCCACCUUGAGGAUAGGCCAUGGGGCCCCUCUCCCCCCCACACCCCUCAGCAGCAGUCAGAGCAGGAAGGGGGGUGUUUCCUUUUUUGUUGGUGAUGCAUGCAAAUCAGUGGACAAACAUACACACACCAACCAACGCCAAAGGUGAUGAACUCCCUGGAUGUAGCUGGAGCAAUGUAGACUCAGCAUAGGCAUCACUGUAACCUCUCUCUAUCCUAUUGACUCUUGUUACUCUUAACAUAGUCACAAAAGGCCGCAUGUUUAAAAAGUACUCCUUGUCUUCUCUCUGCUCCCCCCAGGGGGUUGGGGUGGCCACCUUUCUUGCCCAAAUCCCCCUUGUGACUGGAUGGGGCAAGGUAGAGGUAGGUGGGCAACAGGCCUGGCUCCACCCUUGGGGGGGUCCCAGCCAAGGGGGCUUUGCCCAUAACCAGAAGGUCAAGUGGCUCGUUCCAGGGCCAGUAAAGGUCAGAGGCCGGCUGCCCGGUUUAUUUUAUUUAACUUAAUUUUGUUUAUGAGUGUGUGUCUGCCUGUCCCUCCCCUUCAGUGUUAAGUGGGAGCCCUGAGGGAGCCUCUCCUCCCCCCACCCGCCUCUCCCUUGUUUCCUCCCUCUAUCUCCAGUCACCAGCCGUCCUUCUGGACCAGGCAGAGGGCUGAGCGGGCAGGCAGGAGCCUGGGGCGACUUGGCCCAGCCCACCAGCCCAUGACCCCUUCUCAGGCCACCAGUAUUGUCCCUUCCCUUUUUAAAAUGAAACACCCUUGUUUGUAAAUCCUUAGAUGCUUGAGAAUAAAACCCCUCCCUUUUCUUCCACUGAGUCUGUGGUGUGACCUGAGCCUUGGCAGGAUAUGGCAUGAGAUGUGGGAAGGGUCUGUAAGCCCUGACCUUGAGGUUGAAGGGCUGGGAAGUGGUGAAUUCUGGUGGAUAAGGUCUCUGCAUCAAAAGGGAAACUGAGGCAGGGUUGUGGCUGGGAGGGUGGUCUUUGUAGUGAUUUGCCCAACAUCAAGCAGGCAGUAUGGAGGGACACCCGACCCCCAAUAGCCAGAGGUCCUGCUGGAGAAGAGCUCUUAAUCCCUGGCAGGCCUUGGGGAAGGGCUCUGGUGUCAGCCCCUCAGUCUGCCACCCCCGCUCUUUGCUUCCCGGAGUGGCUGCCCAGCCAAGGACAGGGACACCUGUUUACCUUCUGGGCCUGGGUGCUGCCUGGACUGGUGCCUCUGCCUCUGGCCCCCACACACUUACCGCAGCCAGUCCAGCAUGCUGGGUACCAUGGUCCUACUGCUGGCCUUGCUCCCAGGGAUCUCCACCUUGCCCAGCGGGCCACCUGCGCCCCCCUUUCCAGUGGCGCCCGGGUUGUGGCUGCGUCGACCCCUUUUCAGUCUAGAGCUGUCAGACGCACAGGACACGUUCCACCGUCGCGCAGGGCCGCUCGAGGUCCCAGCGGACAGCCGCGUGUUCGUGCAGGCGGCCCUGGCCCCGUCCUCCCCGCGCUGGAGCCUGGCCCUGCACCGCUGCUGGGUGACGCCCUCCUCACGUCCGGCCCCAGGACCCACCCUGGCGCUACUGCGAGGGGGCUGCCCUGCCGAUUCCUCAGUCACCUUCCCGCCACCACGCCCUGGGGCCGCCCGCUUCAGCUUCCGUCUGCGCCCGGUCUUCAAUGCCUCUGUGCAGUUCUUGCACUGCCAGCUGAGCCGCUGCCGCCUCCGGGGAACCCACCGGACUCCUGAACCUCUGACGCUGCCGCCCCAGUCGCCGGUGGCCACCUAAGGGCGUCCCCGGCAUAGCCGUACGCCCUGAGCCUCCUGCGCCGGCCC